AUGUCCAACGAAGGAGAAGAUAUGCAAGGGCUCAACAAUCUUGGAGAAGAGCUUAGGUUGAUUGAUUUCAAGGCGAGAUCUCAAGCAAGCAUCUACAUUGGCGAGGAGCAAAGGGGCAAGGAGAUGCAAGCCCCACCAAGCACGGAAGGCUCUUUACUGAGGGUGCCACUCAACAUGGCCACCCAAGCAUUGGGCAAGCAAGCGAAGAUAGGUGUCGGACUAGAUAGUCUAGACGAGCAGGCUGCUCGAACAAGGAAGGCAACAACCGGUCUAGGCACCGAUCUGGACAAUCUGGGCGAGCAAGCUAUUCGUGCAAGAGAGGCAGCAACCAGUCUAGGCUCUAAUAAUCAGGGUAGUCUAGGUGAGCAAGCUGCUCGCUCAAGGGAGGCAACAACACUGGGCCCUUGCAAGAGAGGGAGCGGGAUCGGGAUUAGCUGGGCGAGCUAG